GUGGAAGGAGAAAAUGAACGAAGUGGGAGAAAGUCGAGAACAACUUUCUGUAAGGAUGUACAAAGAAGUAGAUUCUCGAUCCCCACUUCUCUACGUCCUUCUAAACGUAAGAGAGCAGAUUGGCUUUACAGUAGAAGUUCAGAUUGAAAAGAGAACUGUGUACAAAAGUUUUGUGAUAUAUGAUGCGUAAUGACGAAUCAUUUGUUCCCAACGUAUUUUUAAUACAUAAGGAAAAAUUGUUAUUGCAAAUGUAUAAAUUGGAGAGUGUAAAUAAGUGUUAGCGUUUAUAUUGUGCUGGUAAUCAAAGAAAUUUCUUGUAGUCGGUAGAGUGUCUUUGGAUCAGGUAGUUAGUGCCAUUUUCUUUUUGAGAGAAAAUGUACAACAGUAAUAAAAAAAUUUAUAAGAAGAACGAAAAUGAAAUAUCAGAUUCCGUGAAAAAAAGAUUGCAAAAUCUUCUUAAUGAUGGACGAAAUGCAUCGGUUCAUACAGAUUCAUUGGAUAUUGACUUACCAUCCUUUUACGAUCCGGAAAGGUUUCGUUUAGGCCAACAAGCUUUUUACAAUAACGUCUUUACGAUGAUGAUCGCUAAGUUGUCAGGAUUACUAACUCUUUUCGCAGUACCUACUAUUGUUGAUGUAAUAGUAUUCACCAAACAAAGUAACAUACCGUGUACAGCAUUUCAAAGAUAUGUUUCAACUAUAUUUCAUACAUUUGUGUGGUACGAAAAGGAACCUGAAAAACAGAAAGAAUUUCUUCAGUCUUUAAAAAUCGUCAGGAGAAAACAUUGCGUUGCCUUUCAUAGAAGUUUCAACGCUGGCAUACGUAAAGCUUCGCAAACUGACAUGGCCUUAGCUCAGUUUGGAUUUAUUGGAUUUAUAUUGCUUGGUACCGAACAACUUGGUAUAUAUACGACUGAUGAGGAAAUGGAUGGUCUCGUACAUUUCUGGCGAGUGAUCGGCUGUGCCCUUGGAAUGGAAGACAAAUACAAUCUCUGCAUGGAAACGGUCGAAGAAACACGUGCACUUUGUUCGAAGAUUUUAGAUGAAAUAUUCUUGCCUUCAUUAGUUAAUAGUAAGAAAAUUUUCAACGAUAUGGGGCAUGUCCUUUUAAAAGGACUUUGGCCCGUUAAUCCAUACUUGGAUCCACAUGCGUUUACUGCGUUCACUCUACACUUAGCUUCGUCAGUCGCCACUAAUAAUAAUCAUUCUAUUAAUAUAGAUUAUCAAAGCAUGCCGCAAUAUAGUAAAUUCAUUUUUAACCUGCAACUAUUUGUACAUCGAUACCUGAUUGCAACCAACUAUUGGUGGUCCGUUAUAUUUCGCAAGUUCUUCAACAGUCAAAUGCGAUUGGCUAUAUAUUUAACCGAACACUUUCCGUUUCUUGCUUAUUGGUCAUUCGGCGUAAAACAAUCGCACGUUAACAUAUAUCGAUAUAACGUCAAAUGAAUGUGUAAAUUAAAAAGAAAAAAAAAUAAUUAACUGUCAUUAUGUAAAAGAUAUCAUCGAAUAUUUAAUCAUAAGAGAACCCAAUCGACUUUGAAAGGCUACGCAAGCAAAAGUAAUAAAAGACAGAAGGAGAAGAAAAAGAAGAAGAAAGAGAGAAAAGAGCUUGUAUACAAGCAACGUUUUACGUUGACAAGAUACGUUUUACGUUGACAUUCUACCAGAAGCAUUUAAAGUUCCUUUCCUUAUUGCAUAUCGUAAUUUCGAAAGAACCUAAUUUCUUUUCGCAAUUCUAUUAAUUCAGUAAGUACUCCUAUAUCUAACACGACCUUCGAUCAUUUUGUCGAACAUUUAACUAUGACGUCACUACACCUAUGUAUCUGUCCAUUUUCUUUUAACAGUUUUUUUGUUAAUUUCACCGGGACGAGUGAUACGUCAUAUCACAUCGUGAGUAAAAUUUGUAAACGAGACUUUUUUCUGUUCCUUUUUUUUUUUUUUUUUUCUUUUUUUUAAUUCUUCUUCACGAGAGAUAAACUGCCGUCUUACGGAGAUCGAUCGAAGGAAAACAAACUCGCAUGACCGAUAAAAAUAUCCGAAGAGUCUAGCGCUUUUGUUUUGUCAAGGUAAUUCCUAACGAUAUUAUACAAAAGUUUUUAAUACGAGUAAAUUUAGCUUGAAAAAUAUUCUGUACCCAAAAAUGGUUUAUGGUCCUUAUAUAUCAUUUUUAAUAACGUU